CUAGGCUCAAGGCGCCCACUUGGGGCUUAUUUGUGAGGAGGCGCAGCGAAUUAUAAAAGGCCCAUAUUAGGCGCGCGCCUCCCUUGAGGCGCGCCUAGGCGCAAGUCGAAUUAGGCGUGGGCUUUUUUUUAUAAGUUAUGGGCUGGGCUUUAAUUAUAAAAAACUAUUAUUAUCUAGGUUUUUUAAACCUAUUACGUAAACGUGAAGAAAGAACCCUUCUCCUUUCGCGCGUGAAGUUUCUUCAACACGACUCUUCAUCUACUUCUUCAGUUCUUCGUCUUCCGUUCUGCUUCUACUUCAAAAAAAAUUUGCUUCCUUUUCCACCCUUCCGUUCCGGCCACCCUUCUUCUUCACACAAAACGGGUGCUGCGGCUGCCAUUACUCUGUUUUUUGGUGCAAAAAUAGAGGAAAAGAGAAGACAAUAAUAUUCUGUGCUACAGUGCUAGUGCUUCAGUUUUCGCCUCCUCCAUCUCAGCUUUAUCACGGAUCAUAGAUGGCUGAUGAAAGUUCGAGAAAAGAUCCGGCAUGGAAAUAUGGUCAAUUGCAAAAUGACCAAAAUAUAAAUACGUUUGUCUGUGGAUUUUGUUCGAAAGUAACAAAAGGAGGGGUAUAUAGAAUGAAACAACACCUCGUUGGUGGUUAUAGAAAUGUCACCGCCUGUACAAAAUGUCCGGAUCACGUGAAGGAAGAAAUUAAAGAGUACAUGUCCAAGAAAAAAGAUAUUAAAGAACAAAGAAAUCUGAUUGUGGACAUUGAUGUAGAAGAUUACGAUAUUGAGGAUGAAGAUGAAGGGAGUGUUAGUGUAAACAACAAAGCAACACCAAGGGGCCCGAGCUUGAAGAAGCCAAGGCAAAAGGGUCCAAUGGAUGCAUUUUUUACUCCUAACCCAGAAACUGUGGUUCAAAAUAGAAAGGACAAAGGAAAACAAACUUCAUUGAAUGCGACAUACAAGAAGGAAAUGAGAGAGCACACCAUCCAAAGAAUUGCUCGAUGGUUUUAUGAUGCAGGAGUGCCUUUGAAUGCUUGCACAUAUGAAAGUUUUGCCCCUAUGAUUGAGUCAAUUGGGCAAUUCGGUCCUGGAUUGAAACCACCAUCUUAUCAUGAGUUAAGAGUUCCAUGUUUGAAGAAGGAAUUAGAAGCAACAAAUGAGUUGAUGAGUAACCAUAAGGUAGAGUGGGCCAAGGUUGGAUGCACUGUUAUGGCUGAUGGAUGGACCGAUAGAAGAAAUAGGACAUUAAUUAACUUUUUAGUUAAUAGUCCUAAAGGCACCAUGUUUAUUGAGUCCAUCGAUGCUUCAUUUUAUGUGAAAGAUGGAAAGAAGAUGUUCGAGUUACUUGAUAAUUUUGUAGACCAAAUUGGAGAAGCGAAUGUUGUACAAGUAGUUACCGAUAGUGCCUCAGCAAAUGUGAUGGCAGGGAGAUUGUUAGAAGCAAAACGACCACAGUUAAUAUGGUCUCCGUGUGCCGCUCAUUGCUUAGAUUUGAUGUUGGAGGAUAUAUACAAGAUGUCGAAUAUUCGCAAAGCAUUGAAAAGAGGCAUAGAGAUCAGCAAUUUCAUAUACGUUCGUCCUGGAUUGUUAAACAUGAUGCGACGUUUUGCUACUGCUUGCAUUACAUUAUCGAGUAUACAUCGUCAAAAGAAUAAUCUGAGGAAGAUGUUUACUUCAGAUGAAUGGAAGGACAGCAAAUGGAGUAAGGAGCAACAAGGGAAACGAGUAGUUCAGACUAUUUUGUUGGCUAGUUUUUGGACUACAAUUGUUUUCGCUCUUAAAGUAUCUGGCCCAUUAGUCCGAGUUCUUAGAUUGGUGUGA